AUGGAUCAUUUCCCUUUCGAACGAUUGCCCAUCGAGCUCAAGAUCAUGAUCAUCAGAUUUGCUAUCCCCUCGCUCCCAGCAUGCCUUGAAAAGAGUCUUAGCGGAUGGAUCUCGAAUAAUGGCUUUAUGCAAGUAAAUGAGGAAGAUUUAAACCGAGUUCGCGAUUCAUGUCUGGAAAUUAAGGCAAUUUGCGAUAGAAUACGAUACUUGGUGGUAUGUACACGUGGACAAGAAGUAUGUCGAUUUGACCCUCUACGCGACAUACUCGUGAUAACGGAGCCCUGGGUUGGUUAUUCCCGCGAGCGAGGGCCAGAAUCCUCUGAAACAGGAGGCCCUCCUAUCCGGCGCAUGUUCUACGAGAUGGGAGACCCUAGUCACCCAAGAGGAGCCCCAGUACUUCAAACAAGUAACGCUCUUCCAGAGGAUAGGGAACAGACGUUCGCUGAGAUGCCAUUCGAUUCUUCGUUACCUAUAUGGCCGCGCACCCCAAUGCUCAAGGAGUUUACCUUGACCUCAGCUGUAUGUGGUCCGGACUGGCAUAUCGAUAGCUUUCAGCAAUAUGGGCCAGAAGUCAGCCCAAGAGACUGGCGAUAUACGCCUUGGAUUAGCACCCAUGGAUACAGCAGUCAAAGUGGUCUGCAGCGUGUAGGCAAAUGGCCUGGGUUUAGAUACUGGACCGAGACGAGGAAGAUCGAAUUUAGGGCAUUAUCGUGGCCAGAGGUUCAGCCUUGGACGACAAUGUUCCCAUCAAGUGGGUGGGCAAGCCUUACCUCUGCUGAAUUCAUCCCUCACGAAUUUGUUGCUCGACUAUGGAUCAAUCGACCGGGAGAACCGAUAGAUGCUGAGCAAUCACAAUACGGUUGGAUUGAGGUGAAGGCUCCCGAAGAAGGCGACGAUUCUUGGGUAGAGCAGGUGACAACAACGUGGAAGAUGGUCCGGUAUUUUUUGAAGAGAUCGAACGAACUUAUGGAUUUUGAGUGGUAUCUUGAUAAUAAGUAA